GAACAUAACUUUCAAAAAUUGGAUAUUUUGGAAACUGUUUGCAUGCAUUAACUUUUGCAAAUUAGCAAAAGUUACUAUUUGGUUGCGUCAAGAAGUGUAAUUUAUUAAUGUGAGAUUGAUGUUUAUUUAGAAGUUGCACCGAUCAUUACAAAGUACGGACCAGCUAGCCUGUUUUUGAAGAAAGGAAACACAGGUUAUCUAAAUUGUACUCUAUCACCUUUGACAUCCACUGCUACAGUAAAAUGGACAAAAGAUCAGGUGGAAAUAAAUAUAGCUAACGAUCCUCGCUUUGCAACAAAUAAAUUCAAUGAUUUGAUCAUACUCAACGCUCAAUCAGGUGCUCAAAAUUCGGAAGGGAAAUAUAGAUGCUCAGCCACUAAUUCUGUCAACACCACUACAAAGGAAUAUGACUUGGUUGUGAAAGUUCAAUUUUUGGAAAGAGAGUUUAUUUAUCCACCAAGAGAUACUUUUUUCUAUGACAUCGACGGAUACAGAUUAGCGUGGACAAAUUGCCAACCACCGAGAUCUUCGCCUUUAGCGACUGUAACUUUUCUCAAUGGAUCAAGUCUUUUGCCUGUUAGCACUCAAACUGACCCAAGAGUUGAAAUUAGACAGAUUGCUAGGCUGGGAUCAAUUUUUUACCAAUUGCUGAUACAGAACGCUACAAAGUAUGAUGUGGGUAAAUGGCGAUGUACAGCAAGAAAUAGGGUUGGUUCAAUGACUGAGUACUUUCAAGUGUCUCUUUAUGGACCUCCAGAAGGAGCACAGGGCAUGCGUGUCAAAGAACACAGAUUAAAUGGAUUUAUCAUGGCAUGGGAUUUCUUAAGAAAUGAUCUUCUUCAUUAUGACAUCAAUAUCACUAAAGUAUCAACAAAUGAAGUACAUACAUUCCUACUUACAGAUGCGGAAAGUUUUAAUCGGCAGAUCUUAGAAUAUCAGUUUUUCAACUUAGAACGAGGAACAGAAUACGAUGUUCAGAUGAGAGCCACUAGUAACAAAGGUCAAAUUGGGGAAUGGAGCCAAAAGUUGAGAGUUAAAACAGCAACGGAAAUUGCUCCUCUGAUAACGAAGCAACUCAGUGAUGUUAGUGUAGGUGAAGGACAGACAUACAAUAUGAGCUGUGUUGUAGAUGCAAAUCCUGCAGCUACUUUUAGAUGGUUUAAAAACGGGAUUGUUAUUUCGCCCACAGAUAACAGAUACGCAAUGUCUGAUAAUAGGCUUAUCAUCUUAAAUGCACUUCAUGGUGCAGAAAAUAGCGAAGCUAAAUAUAAAUGCGAAGCUUCAAACAGCCUUGGGAAAACUACAAGUAAAGAAGCACAACUCACCGUACAAUGGAUGGAAGAAAACUUUCAACUAGCUCCUUCAAAUAGAAUAAUCUACAAUGGGCAAUUGUUCGUGAGGAUUUCUGCAAGGGCUCCAAUUGGUUCAUCUCUACAUGUGACAUGGAGACAUAAUGGCGUCCCUAUCAGACCUGCAACACAUCCAAAUUUUGCAGUGACUCAAUACAGAGGGCCUGCAAAUAACCUUCAUUAUGCGUUAGAUAUAAGAAAUUUAAAUCAGCUUGCUGAGGGCGAAUAUACAGUUACAGCUAGUAAUCUUGGUGCCAUUCGUACUGUGGAAUUUCAGUUGAUACUAGCCGGAAAUCCACCAGCUAUACAUACUUUGGCAGUAAGCGAGCAAUCAGACGAUGAGGUAGUGCUGCAAUGGGAACCUCCAAUCUCCAGUGAUAAACUACAGGCUUUCGGCGACGACUUUAAAUAUAGAAAAGAUGUAAAAACGUUCCAAAUUUCAUACAAAGAUACCACAACGAACAAAGAAAAAAUAAUUUCAACCGUUGGAACAUUUGUUGAUGCAGUUUUUCUUGCACGUAAACAUGAAAUCAAUGGUAUUAAAACGGGAGUGUUGUAUGAAUAUAAAAUCCGAAUGAUUGAUUUUGGAGAUCAAGUUGGUGCAUGGUCAACUCCAGUCAAACAUAUACUUCACGUAGCUGCGGGUUUACCUGGAAUACCUGGCGAAAUCACUCGUUCACCGGUGCUAUACGCAGAAAGCACAACUGUAACAUUCUCUUGGACACCACCAACACUACUCAAUCACAACGACGUCAGCAAGUUGUCGUAUUCUUUCAAAUACUGCUUAUUUGGAACGCAGAAUUGCAAGGAAAGCCAACGGCUGAUGAUGACGAGCAUCACACUGUCAGAAUUUGUGCCCCGAAUGUUCUAUGAUUACGAGCUCACGGUUUACAAUGAGGAGGGCUUGGCCGGGUCGGAAAAGAGAGACGGCUUCUUCCAAACUGCAAGUAGAGACACAUGCAGACCGACGCAUUUCACGUGUACAGCUUCUCCGCAAUGCGUGUCUAACAACAUGAAGUGCAACGGACUUUUAGACUGUUCAGACGGCAGUGACGAGAAAGCUGAAGCAGGAUGUGUGCCUCCGCCAGCUAUCCAGACGUUGAGAAUUAACAAAACCGACGCCUACUCGAUCACUGUUCAGUGGGAAGGCGUUGCACAACAACAACAUCGAGUAGUAAGCUACGACGUCGAAAAUUUGAACACCGGCGUCGUAAUUAACGUUCCACAUCCGUCAUUGGUUGCUGUCCUGCCGCCUUUCAGUGUGCAGUUUGUGAACUUGACAGCGGACACCACGUACUCUUUCAGGGUUCGAGCAAAUAAUCCAUCGGGAAGCAGUCCUUGGUCACAAAUAGUGUACGGAACUACCGCUAAGAAAGACGUAGCUGCGGGUUUACCUGGAAUACCUGGCGAAAUCACUCGUUCACCGGUGCUAUACGCAGAAAGCACAACUGUAACAUUCUCUUGGACACCACCAACACUACUCAAUCACAACGACGUCAGCAAGUUGUCGUAUUCUUUCAAAUACUGCUUAUUUGGAACGCAGAAUUGUAAGGAAAGCCAACGGCUGAUGAUGACGAGCAUCACACUGUCAGAAUUUGUGCCCCGAAUGUUCUAUGAUUACGAGCUCACGGUUUACAAUGAGGAGGGCUUGGCCGGGUCGGAAAAGAGAGACGGCUUCUUCCAAACUGCAAGUAGAGACACAUGCAGACCGACGCAUUUUACGUGUACAGCUUCUCCGCAAUGCGUGUCUAACAACAUGAAGUGCAACGGACUUUUAGACUGUUCAGACGGCAGUGACGAGAAAGCUGAAGCAGGAUGUGUGCCUCCGCCAGCUAUCCAGACGUUGAGAAUUAACAAAACCGACGCCUACUCGAUCACUGUUCAGUGGGAAGGCGUUGCGCAACAACAACAUCGAGUAGUAAGCUACGACGUCGAAAAUUUGAACACCAGCGUGGUAAUUAACGUUCCACAUCCGUCAUUGGUUGCUGUUCUGCCGCCUUUCAGUGUGCAGUUUGUGAACUUGACAGCGGACACCACGUACUCUUUCAGGGUUCGAGUAAAUAAUCCAUCGGGAAGCAGUCCUUGGUCACAAAUGGUGUACGGAACUACCGCUAAGAAAGACGUAGCUGCGGGUUUACCUGGAAUACCUGGCGAAAUCACUCGUUCACCGGUGCUGUACGCAGAAAGCACAACUGUAACAUUCUCUUGGACACCACCAACACUACUCAAUCACAACGACGUCAGCAAGUUGUCGUAUUCUUUCAAAUACUGCUUAUUUGGAACGCAGAAUUGCAAGGAAAGCCAACGGCUGAUGAUGACGAGCAUCACACUGUCAGAAUUUGCGCCCCGAAUGUUCUAUGAUUACGAGCUCACGGUUUACAAUGAGGAGGGCUUGGCCGGGUCGGAAAAGAGAGACGGCUUCUUCCAAACUGCAAGUAGAGACACAUGCAGACCGACGCAUUUUACGUGUACAGCUUCUCCGCAAUGCGUGUCUAACAACAUGAAGUGCAACGGACUUUUAGACUGUUCAGACGGCAGUGACGAGAAAGCUGAAGCAGGAUGUGUGCCUCCGCCAGCUAUCCAGACGUUGAGAAUUAACAAAACCGACGCCUACUCGAUCACUGUUCAGUGGGAAGGCGUUGCGCAACAACAACAUCGAGUAGUAAGCUACGACGUCGAAAAUUUGAACACCAGCGUGGUAAUUAACGUUCCACAUCCGUCAUUGGUUGCUGUCCUGCCGCCUUUCAGUGUGCAGUUUGUGAACUUGACAGCGGACACCACGUACUCUUUCAGGGUUCGAGUAAAUAAUCCAUCGGGAAGCAGUCCUUGGUCACAAAUUGUGUACGGAAGAACUAAUACGAGAGAUGCACCUUCUGCACCGAGAAACUUAAGAGUGAAAGCCGUACCUGGAUGGGAAACAACAAAUGUUUCCUUUACUUGGCAGCAACCAAAGAAGCUAGGUGUUAGUUCCCUUGACCAAAUUUCUUACCAAUUACAUAUAUGCACAGCUACGUCUCAAUGCAGAACCUUCUCGAGCAUUCGUAGUUUUGCUUACCAAAUUGGAAGUCUGAAUAAAAACAGUACAUAUUCCUAUACUUUGACAUCAAUUGGGGUGAAUGGUUUAGUUGGUGGAAGCCUAUUUGGUAUGUUUAACACAAGCGCCGUCAUAAAACGUCCGUCUCCACCAGUCGACGUUAAAGCGACAUCGCAUAAUAGUGGCACCGCAAUUGACAUUAAGUGGAAGCACUCGAAACAGACUGUAGGAAUUCCUACAAAGAAUAUGAAAUAUAAAGUAACCCAUUGUUUAGCAAGUGUACCGAACAAUUGCAGCUCAGUAAUUGUGAAUGGAACAAGUCAUGUGAUUACUGGUCUAAGUCCAGGAAACGCUUACGACAUUAGAGUUGCUGCAUUAGGUGCACAAGCAGUAGAGUCGAUCAACUAUAAAGAAACAGUUACGCUAGUGCAACGUCAAGAUGAAGAUGACGACGAUGAGUUAACAGAUGCAGUCGUAGCAACUAUCGUCAUCGCUUCAGUUGGUGCUGUUAUAUUGAUCACCUCCAUUAUUAUUUAUGUUGCCAAAACAGCCAAAUCCGGUACAGCUGGUAUAAGUAGCUAGAUGGACAUAUUCGAACUCUUAAUGUCAGCAUCAAGUAGCUAGACGGACAUUUUCGAAUUCUCGAUAUCAGUAUCAUUCACAUUUAGGACAAUUUGACAGAGAUUCACUUAUGCUGAAUAUGUAGUUUAGAGAUGUGUUUUUUUUUUUUAAUAAUUUAGUUUGAAUUUACCUUAUAUAGAAGAAAACUAAAUGAGGUCUUACUAAAAAAUUUAAAAAUCGAUAUACAUAUUAUUAUUUCAGUACCUAAUUAAUUUAUACGCUGUGGGAACUUUUU